AUGCGAGCUCCCAGUAGCUCCACAUCGUCUGCUUCACCGUCGCCAGCCCUGCUUGCGCGAAUCGAGGAAAAGAAGGCCGAAUUACAGAGCUUGAGAGAGCUUCGAGACCUCAGUGCUGCAGUGUCCAAUCAAAUGGAGGCGCUGGAGCAGAAAUUGACGACUCUGUCUGAUGGGACCGAGGCGGUAGCAGCUGUUAUGGGUAAUUGGCAUAAUGUGCUACGAGCGAUUAAUAUGGCAUCUACAAAACUCGCAAAACCAUCGAACGACACUACCAUGGAGGAUGCAUCUGCAUCCAACGAAUCACUUCCCCAAACUCUCGUGCGAAUACCAACUGAGCAUGCACCAACAUUACAAGCUCAGGCCGAUGCCAUUGAAGCUGCUGCUGUGGAGGGCGAUUCAACUGCGAACACAUGA